AUGGGAAAGCAUAAACAUAGUAAAGAUAAAUUAUAUAUUUUGCAGUCAGAAUAUAGAAGAGAUGCUGUAAAAAAGAAACAAUUAAAGUCUCAAAACUCAACUUAUUUACCUUUUAAUUAUUGUCGUAUAAGUUUAACACCUUUUGUUGAACCAUAUUGUGAUGAAAAUGGAAGAUUAUAUGACAAAAAAAGUGUAUUAGAAGAAAUGAGAAAAGAAAAAAACAAUGAAAAAGUAGAAUACUCAAUUGAUAUAAAGAAUUUAAUAAAAGCAAAUUUUUACAAACACAAUAAUGAAUAUAUAUGUCCUAUAACAAGAAAGUAUUUUAAUCAGCAUACAAAAAUUAUUUUAAAUAAAAAAACAGGUAAUGUUUAUUCAUCAGAAAUAUUUAAAUUAUUCAAAAGUAAAAAUGAAAUGUUUGAUCCCCUUACCCAUGAAUGUAUGAAGAAAUCAGAUUUGAUAGUAUUACAAGACCCUUUGAAUAAAAACAAGGCAAAUGAAUUAAAUAAAAACUAUUUACAAAAAAAAAAAAAUACAUAUCAGUCAAUUCGGGAAAAUGGUGCAAUUAUGAGCAUAUUAGAAGAAGUUAAAAGUAAAAAAAAAGAAAAAGAAAACGACUUGAGGUACAAAAAUGAAAGUGAAAAUAUUAAAAUAGAAGAAGCUAAAGAAAAUAUUCCAAUUCGUAAUAAAGAGAAAAUAGAAAAUGAAAUGCAAUUAAAAAAAAAGGAAGAGGAUAUCUCCCUAUAUGAUAACGAUAGUAGUGAAAAUGAAAUAAAAAUAAAAUGUAAAAAUUAUAGUGAUAAUAAAUUAGCACAAUGUGUAACGUCAACUAUUUCUAAUAUAACAUACAAAAAUGAUUUUAUUUAUCUUUCUGAAAGUCAAGUUUAUAAUAUAAUUUAUGAGAAAGUUCAUAAAAAUAAAAAAAAUAGUUAUGUAAGAUUGAUAACUGAUAUAGGUAUGAUAAAUAUAGAGUUAUAUGCAUCUAUUUAUCCAAAAUUAUGCCAUAAUUUUUUAUUUCUUUGUGAAUAUAAAUAUUACAGUAAUACAGAUAUUUUUAAAAAAGAUGAAGAUAUUGUUUACUUUGGAUCAAGUAAAAAUAAUUUUCAUUGUGCAGCAUCAGGAUUUUACUGGAAAAAAAAACUAAAAAAAAAUAAUUUAAGGAAUAAAUUAAAUGAAGAAAUAAAUAUUCAAAGGCUUAAAGAAGCAUUAAUGAGUAUAAAUAGUGAUAAUGAUAGUGAUGUAGACAUUAAGUACAUAAAAUACAAUGACAAUAAGCACAUUGGAGAAAAUAAUUGUUUUGGUAAUAUUUAUUUCUUUAAAUAUUAUAACCAAAAAUAUUCAAAUAUGUUUUACAUAAGUUUAACUGAAAAUUAUGUAACUAAUGACAUAUGCAUAGGAAAAGUUGUAGGAGGAAAUGAGACAUUAAUCAAAUUAAAAAAUUUAAAUCCAGUAACCAACAAUGAUACACAUUAUACUCUAAAUGAAACCAUUAUUUAUACUAACCCAUUUAAAGAGGUUGUAAAAGAAAUGAAAGAAAAAAUUAAAAAUGAAGAAAAACAAGUAAAUGCAAAGGAAAAUAUAGGAAGUUUCAUAGAUGAUGAAAAUUUUGCAGAAAAUAAAAAUGACAAUAUAGGAAAAUACAUAAAAUGGAAUGAUAUAAAAAUAAAUAAUAAUUUAACUAACGAUGAAAAAUUAAAUAAAACGAAAUUAAAUAUAUUAAAAAAAGAAACGAACCCAAAAUUAAGAAAGAUGGAUUUUUCAUUUUGGUGA